AUGAAAUGGUUCUCUAAAGUCAUUCAGGUGAUGGUAAGCAGUUGGGGCUUGUCCGGGGCCGGUCGGGACGUGCAGGUCACUGAGCACAAGUAUGGGGUCAGCUCAGCGGCUAUCGUGUGUCAUUUAGCAUUAGCCGUCAGAGAUAUCGGCUUUCACUCACGCUUCGAUCUGGCCCGUGUUCUUCCCCACAGCGGUCACAGGUCACUGGCGAAGCUGCAGGGUUUGGGGGACACGGCAUUUUUCUUCUCGGGAGGGGGGAGAUAG